AUGACAACGACCUAUGCGGUUCAAGGAUCGCGCGAGGAUAGUGUCAUUACUCUUGAGACCUUACCUCAGAGCCAGCAGUCCAACGUAGUCGUAUCCGCGGCUGCUCCCAGUGACACAUUUCCAGUAGUUGAAAAGUGGAAUGAUCCCCGCAUAAACAUUUAUCGAACUUUCUCGACAUUCUGGUGUUUCCUCGUCAUGGGUGCUGUGCGGCUGUUCUUGUCGACACUAGUAGGUUAUACCGCCACCGCGUUUCUCAACCACCGCAUCCACUAUACGCUAGGCCAACGUGGCGUUGCCAUUAUCGGUCCAGCGUGCCACCUCGUUGCCUACGUCGUUAAUUGUGUGCAUCCACAGUAUCCGAUUGGAAACACGGCCAAUGCAAAUGAGCUGCUGGGAGUAUUGUAUGGGAUAUAUGGAGCUGGUGCAGUUGUCGCCUGUGCCGUCAUUGAGUUGGUGCUAUCUGGUGCAUGCUUCUGGAAAUCGACCGCCGAAGACUUCCGCGCAUCUAACACGGCAUCGGUCGGUAGUGACAAUGAAGGCGGGCUGAGGGAUGCGCUCUUUACGCGCCCAACUGCUCGGGUGACCUGGCUUUGCGCAUUGUUCUUGCUGGGUUAUGCGGGAGUGGAAGUUGCUCUUGGGGGGUGGAUUGUUACUUUUAUGAUCCGAGUUCGGCAGGGUAGUGCUUUUGCCAGUGGAAUGACGGCCACUGGGUUCUGGCUGGGUAUCACAGUUGGACGGAUCAUUCUUGGGUUUGUAAACCCCCGCGUUGGCGAGAAAAUCGCAAUCGCUACUUACAUUGUCGCCUCCAUGGCGUUUGGUCUGGUUCUGUGA